GAUGAACACGGAUUUCUCUUCUGGCGAUCCACUCCGAUUGGGCACCGAGUUCGACUUCGCGUUCGCCUUCAAUGACAGCAAUUUCUCAGACCGGAUCCUGAGGCUUGAAGUCUUGCCGGACUCUAAAUCAGGCGACGAUAGCGGCGGCGGCGGCAGCAUCGUAGAUUGGGCCCGCAAGCGUAAACGUCGCAGGGAAGAAAUGAUGACGGAGAACACUGUGGAUGUGGUAUUUCAUUGCGAGGAGCAAGUCUUGAACUGCAACAUGUUAGAUUCUGAAGAUGCUCCUCUCUAUGACAAUAUAGACGAGGAAGCGGAAGCCAUGGUUGAGGAACCACCAUCUGCCCCGAGAGCUGUAACAGGUUUCCCUGGCGAGGAGGCUAUUGAUGGCAAUGAUUUCUUACCAAAUAUGGAUUCUUCAAAUGUCCUUAGAGUUGAAACCAUACAUAUUAGCUCACCAAUUUUGGCAGCAAAAAGUCCAGUUUUUUACCAGUUGUUCUCUAAUGGAAAGAGUGAAUCCGAGCAGCGGCUUGUGACAUUACGAAUCCAUGCCUCUGAAGAGGCUGCCUUUAUGGACCUGCUGACUUUUAUGUAUGGUAAUACAUUAUCAAGUCCAACUCCAACUGCAUUGCUCGAUUUGUUGAUGGCUGCUGACAAGUUCGAGGUUGCAUCAUGCAUUAGAUACUGUAGCCGAUUACUGCAAGAUCAACCCAUGACUUGUGAAUCCGCCUUUCUCUAUUUGGAGCUUCCUUGUAAAUGUAACGUUUCAAUGGCUGAAGCGGUUCAGCCUUUGGCAGAUGCUGCUAAGAAGUUCCUUGCUGCUAGUUUCAAGGAUAUAACCAAGUUCCUAGAGGAGGUAUUGAACUUGCCUCUAGCAGGAAUUGAGGCAGUUCUGUCUAAUGAUGACCUCCAGAUUGCAUCAGAGGAUGCUGUUUUUGACAUUGUGUUAAAGUGGGCCCGGAUCCACUACCCAAAGUUAGAGGAACGGCGCGAAAUAUUAGGAUCACGCCUUUCUCGCCACAUUAGGUUCCCACUCAUGUCGUGCCGGAAGUUGAGGAAAAUCUUAACCUGCAACGACUUCGAUCCCGACCUUGCCUCUAAGGUUGUAAUUGAGGCUCUCCUUUUCAAAUCAGAACCACCAUACCGACAGCGUUCCUUAGCUGUCGAUGAAGACAAUAUCUUGUUUCAUCGUUUCGUGGAGCGGUCCUACAAGUACAGGCCAGUAAAAAUCCUCGAGUUGGAAACCCCUCGCCCACAGUGCAUCGUGUACCUAGAGUUAAGGAGAGAAGAGUGCUCGAAUCUUUACCCUGCUGGCAAGGUUUACUCACAAGCCUUCCAUUUAGGGGGACAAGGGUUCUUUCUGUCAGCACAUUGCAACAUGGAUCAACUGAGUCAGUUCUCAUGCUUCGGGCUUUUCUUGGGCAUGCAGGAGAAAGGGUCUGGAUCGUUUGCGGUCGACUACGAGUUUGGAGCUCGGACGAAGCCCACAGAGGAGUAUGUGAGCAAGUACAAGGGGAACUACAAAUUCAAUGGCGGGAAGGCUGUUGGGUAUAGGAACUUGUUUGGGGUACAAUGGAGUGCUUUUGUUGCCGAGGAUAGCCCUUACUUCAUCAAUGGAAUUCUCCAUCUUCGCUCCGAGCUCACGAUCCGUCCUACAACGAGAGACUAAAGAACAAUGCUUUUUAUUUGAGCUGGUGUGAUAUCUCCGGUCUGAUCCGAUCUAAUUUUUGUAAAAUUAAAGAAUGAGCAGGAAAAAUAAGUUGAACGGAAGAGAAACCCUAUACCGGGACAUGUCCCCCAAUAUGUAGGGUGAAUCAAGCUCAAUAUACCCGGUUAGAAUAGUACCCAGGCCUAGACCGCCCACACUUGGUAAUUAAUUAACCUUGUCUAG